ACUUCCGGUUCAUAACAAAUCAGCUGGGCCUCACCAGAAGUCAGAAAGGCCAUAAAACUAUAACAAACAUACACAUCCAAAUCAAACAACAGACAAGGAGCUGACUUGAGUUUCAUGAUCUGUUGUUCUUUUAUUUACUGAACUGAAGGAGAAACAAAACCGAUUUGUUCCUACUAGUACAGGGGCAUCGGCAUCGAUUGCGAAAAUGUCGUUAGAAGUGACCACAGAUGAGGAUGGGUUUCGAUUGCCUUUACUUCGCACAAAGGAUGGCAGAUUUGCUGGCAACACUUUUGUUCAAGAUACCAUUGACAACAUGCCAUCUGUAAAACUGAGGGAUAACGAUGUCUUGUUCUGCUCGUAUGCAAAGUCAGGUUGCCACUGGAUAUGGCAGAAUGUUCGCAUGCUGCAUCAAGGGGAGGUAACUGAUGAUGCUGUGGACAAGGAGGGUUCAAUGAUGGAAUAUCACGACAUUGAUUACCUGGACAAUCUGCCGUCCCCUCGAUUUCUAAAUACUCAUGUAUUCUUUGAUAAACUUCCCUCAGAUUUGUUGAAGGGAAACGUGAAGAUGGUCUUUGUAUAUCGAAAUCCCAAAGACAUUGCAGUCUCCUUUUAUCACCAUCACUCCCGCCUCAAAUCGUAUGGAUAUGAAGGGAAGUUCAGCAACUACAUCAAGAGGUUUGCAAGUGGUCUCGUCAGCAACAACAGCAUAUUUGACUACUGGACCUCGUUUGAUCAAGGCCUUAGGAAGAACCCACAGAUUCCCCAUAUUGUGAUGAGCUACGAAGAGUUGAAGAAGAAUCCUGUCUCUGAGAGACACAGGCUUGCUGCAUUCCUGGGCCGUAACUAUGACGAAGAGUUCAUCCUCCAAGUUGCUGAGGCCACCAGUAUAGACAGGAUGAGGCAACAGAAGGGUGGACCGAAAGAUAGCAACGGUUCUAUUUUCUACAGAAAAGGCGAAGUUGGAGAUUGGAAGAAUCACUUCACUGUCGCGGAGAGCAAUUGGUUUGAUGAUAUGGUUGCUUCUCGGCUCAAGGAUUGUAAAAUGUUCAAAUUUGUGUACUCGUUAUGAUACAAAACUAUGAGUAGUGUGGUAUAUCUGGGUCGUCAUUUGGAUACUCCCGUCUGGAAAGUUGUCUGUAUUAAUGAUGUAGUCAUAACUUAUUAGAGUUGGUGCCAAACAGUACAUUUUUAUAUUCAUUUUAAGUGAAAAAGUAACCAACAUAUCAAAAGAACUUUUCAUUCUGAGCUUUUCGAUACCAAAAUUCUUUUCAACUGUAUAGUAUAUGCUUCCGUGGAAGCUGAGAAUGUUUCUGAGUGUUCUCAGAGGGUCUGCUGGGGUAAUAAUAGUUGUAAAGCGCAUAGAGCAAGCUCUUGAGCAUGGAUAUGUGCUAUAUAAAUGCAAUUAUUAUUAUAAUUAUUAUUAGUACAGGGUUGCCAGUUUUCUUGCUAAAGCCGGAGUCCGGCUUUUUGAAAUCUUGCGACCGGGAACAUUUUUCCUGCCUGGUUGACAAAUUGUAACCCGACACCAGCUACGCUUAAAGGAAGGCCAUAGAGUUAUCUAUGAGGAAGACCAGAACGGGUCGUUGAACUCUUGUGCGUUUGUGGUUGGGGCUGGGCAUUAUUCGUUUUUUAUUCUUUUUUUUUUUUUAACGAAUAAAUAGAUAGCUAGUUUUGAAAAAAUCCGAAUAAACAAAACGAGUUAGAAACUAGAUACUUCAUUUAGAAAGAAGGACGGGUGCAAACUGGCUGGCCCCUCUUCCAAGAGGAGAAAGUAAUUUCUUCACAGCAAGACGUUUCCCCAUCCGUUAUAAACAUCAGUAUGCAGUUAUUGGUGAAUGCUAUUUUUUUCAUAUUUAGGUUUUUCUAAUAGGCCUAGGCCUACACAUUUAUUUUAGCACGUGUGGAUAUCUCAUCUGUUUUUAUUGAAGUGCCACGCACUGCGCAUAGAAUUUUAUACUUUUUUGUCAGAGACUGCUGACAACCAUUUUUAGAGACAGUUCACACAUAUAUACAAAAUUUGUUGCACCAGUCAAACUCUUGAAAAGUUACGUAUAUAUUGGUCCGUACAUUGAGCUCAAUUUUUAAAACAAAUGUGUGUUCAUUAAAGAUGAGCUAAAUAUGGCAUAAAAAAUGGUCCAGAAGCCAGUUUCACACUUUUGUUAAUCAACAAAUUUUCAUUCACUUGAAAAUGGCAUAAAAAUUCACCAAUGAUUGAUAAAUACACUUUUUAUACAUCGAAUUAAAAGGAAA